CGAAGGCUAGCUAGCGUUUAUUUUGGCUCUGCUUCUCGCUGGUGUUGCUGUCGUCGCCAUUAAACUAGACCGAGGCAGCGUAAACUAUGAAGAGCGGCGGAAUUGUACCAUAAUUUGAGAACUUCGGAAGCCUCGUAAGGCUUGUCUUGUUCCGCUAAAGAUUAUUGUGUCCGUAAAAGUAAACAUGUGAGCAACCGAAGGAGUCCAAACAAUACGGAUUGGGAAAGGUUUGAUUGUGCCGGAGGAGGAGGAGGAGAAGGAGGUGGGUAGGGAGGGGUGGCUGGGCAAGAAGGGUUUGUUGUGGUUUUCCGCAGCAUUUGAGACGAACACAGUCACGAAAGGAAUACAAGCUACCCACAAUGACGGAGCCGCGGGUGAAGUGGGCCUGCGACUAUUGCACCUAUGAGAACUGGCCUUCUGCAUUCAAGUGUACAAUGUGCUGUGCGUCGAGGCUGAGGGGUCCCAUCAUCACGGAAGAGCCUUAUAAAAAUAGUCCAGAUCUGGAUCCCAGUCUAGAAUGGGACCCUCCAAGAACUGAGAGUGGAAGCAGUCUUCUCAUCUGUCCUGACUCCAGUGCUAGACCCAGAGUCAGGUCUGCCAGCAUGGCUGAGAUUGCCAAUAAGUGGUCAUGUCAGAUGUGCACCUAUCUCAACUGGCCACGUGCCAUUCGCUGCACGCAGUGUCUGUGCCAGCGCCCCAGGACAAGUAGCCCCACAGAGUCCCCUCAGUCUUCAGGCUGCCGUCCUGCUGUCCACUCCCCUGUGGAUACGUGUGAGGAGUAUAACGACAGGAACAGACUCAACACCCACCAGCAGCACUGGACUUGUACAGCAUGCACUUACCAGAACUUGCCCAGAACUACAAAAUGUGUUCUGUGUGACCUCCCCAAGCCCAACAACCAGGAGUCCCUAGAACUGCCAGACUCUGCCGAGUCCGCUCCCCUGAUCAUUGAGCAGGAUGUGGCUCGACGGAGGGGCGGCUGCAGUGGAAGCCAGAGCCAAAGGAGAUCCCCUCCUAUGGCAAAAAGGGAGGACCGUGUCAAGAUGGACUUCCAGAGGAUAGAGCUGGCAGCUGGAGCCAUGAGCAAAGAGGAGCAGGAGGUGGACUUCAAGAAGCUGAAGCAGAUUAGAAACCGAAUGAGGAAAACAGAUUGGCUGUUUCUCAGUGCCUGUGCUGGUGUUGUAGAAGGAGAUCUAGCAGCUGUUGAAGCCUACAAGUCAUCUGGGGGCGACAUCGCCCGACAGCUCACAGCUGAUGAGGUCCACCUCCUCAAUCGCUCCUCUGCGUUUGAUGUCGGCUUCACCCUGGUCCAUUUGGCUAUUCGCUUCCAGAGACAAGACAUGCUGGCUAUCUUGUUGACGGAGGUGAACCAGCAGGCAGCAAAGUGUAUCCCCUCCAUGGUCUGUCCUGAGCUGACGGAGCAGAUCCGCAGGGAGAUUGCAGCGUCACUACAUCAACGCAAAGGAGACUUUGCUUGUUACUUCCUCACAGAUUUGGUCACUUUCACUCUGCCUGCAGAUAUUGAGGAUUUGCCACCUGCUGUCCAAGAGAAGCUGUUUGACGACAUGCUGGAUCGAGACGUGCAGAAAGAGCUAGAAGAGGAAUCUCCCGUUAUCAACUGGUCCCUGGAGCUGGGGACACGCCUGGACAGUCGUCUCUACGCCUUGUGGAACCGCACAGCCGGAGACUGCCUGCUGGACUCGGUUCUGCAGGCCACCUGGGGAAUCUACGACAAGGACUCUGUCCUCCGCAAAACCCUCCACGACAGCCUACACGACUGCUCCCACUGGUUUUACACACGCUGGAAGGAGUGGGAGUCCUGGUACUCGCAGAGCUUCGGUUUACAUUUUUCCCUCAGAGAGGAGCAGUGGCAGGAAGACUGGGCGUUCAUCCUGUCGUUGGCUAGCCAGCCGGGGGCCAGCCUGGAGCAGACCCACAUUUUUGUUCUUGCACAUAUUCUUCGAAGACCCAUCAUAGUCUACGGAGUGAAGUACUACAAAAGUUUCCGUGGGGAAACAUUAGGAUACACUCGCUUUCAAGGCGUCUACCUGCCUCUCUUAUGGGAGCAGAGUUUCUGCUGGAAGAGCCCCAUCGCCCUGGGCUACACGCGAGGGCACUUUUCCGCUCUGGUGGCCAUGGAGAACGAUGGAUAUGACAAUCGUGGUGCGGGCGCCAACCUCAACACAGAUGACGAUGUCACAGUCACGUUCUUGCCCUUGGUCGACAGCGAGCGGAAGCUGCUGCACAUUCACUUUCUCUCUGCCCAACAAAUGGGGAACGAGGAGCAGCAGGAGAAGCUGCUCCGGGAGUGGUUGGACUGCUGCGUGACAGAAGGCGGCGUCCUGGUCGCCAUGCAGAAGAGCUCCCGCCGCCGAAACCACCCCCUGGUCACCCAGAUGGUGGAGAAGUGGCUGGACCGAUACCGCCAGAUCCGCCCCUGUGCCUCUCUGUCCGACGGCGAAGAGGACGAGGACGAAGAUGAAUGAGUGAGGCUAUUAAACCAUGGACCCUGUAGGCUCCGAGUGAGAGUUCUUUGCGAUUUAGAUUUUUUUUUUCUCCCCCCGUUAAACGUGUGAAUCCUUUACUUGUAACAAUGCAUGUGAGCUCUGUGGUAACCAUACCAGCACUAUGAAGCAGAACCCGACGACUUCUCCCAUAAAAAGCACAUGAAGUCCUCCUCGUUUGCCGUCUUAUACUCAAAUUACUACCCGUUAGAAUUACCUUACUUGAAGAAAACGCUAGAAGACGUGAAAUAUGCAGUAUUUAAGAAUUCCCCGAGCUGCAGUAGAUCUGGAUUUACAUUUACAGACUUGCCUGAGAAGAUGCUAAUUGUGUGCGUGUGUGUUGAGUUAAAUGAGUUUCCAUGAUUUCUUAUCCUUCUACAAAUAUUUGAUGCUGGAUUUAUUUAUUUAUUCAAGUGCAGACGCGCGCAGAGACCCCAUACUUGGUUUGGACACCCUUUCUUUUCUUUCAACGUUUCGUUUGAUUCACUUAGUCUUGAAGUAUUUUUAUUUUGCACAGAUGAAACCUACAAUUUGUCCGUGGGAGGGGAAGAUUGAAGUUUACUGACAUUUUUAUGUGACUUGGUAGCUCAUGUUCGUGUUUAGAGUGAGUGGUGGUGUUGACGCUGGCGGGGAAGACAAAAGAAGACGAACCAAACACUUUGCCUCUUCUAUGGAGAGCAGUAAUAUUAAAUUUAACUCACUUGCAUCAA